UUCUAUAACUGAUCACUACAAUCGAACAUUAUAAUUACAAACAAUUCAAAUUGUAUUCUCAUGUAAAACUGUCUUAUUAUCUUUGUUACAGUUUUGUCAACAAAGAGAAUUGAUUAUUUUUAAAGUGAACAUUUUAUAAUCAACUUGAUAACUUUUAAUUGUGUUAAUAUUUUUCCAGUGAAUUGAUUUGGUUAAAGAAUCAAGUUUACUGUUAUUGAUGGAGAAGAUGAACAAUUAAAAUGUAUUGGUGAUUAGUGGUUUUCGCUGUUUGGUUUCUAUGGUUGAUUUUUGUGUUUCUUUUGAUUGACAGAAAAGAAAAACAAAUUUUUUCGAAAAAUUUUCUCACUCAGUUUAUUUUGGAUUUUGUUUUGUUUUUCUCACUAAUUAUUUUCCUCAAAAAUUAUGUUCGAAUCAAUGUUUAAUAAGCAACAAUCAUCAACAUCUUUCUCCCUGGAAGAUUUAACAAGCCUCUCUUCAAUUUCAUCCUUAGAGUCAACAUCCAUUUACUGUACUAACCAUUCAACCGUUUCGAGUUGCAAUGAGUCUCGCUUGUUGAGGAAAAAUAAAUCACUUCCUCAGAUUAACUGUGAUUUAGAAAACAUCUCUACCUCAUCAUCCUGUUCACCAUCACCAUCAGUAGUCCAGUCUUCAUCAUCUUCAUCAUCCUCAUCAUCUUUAUCUGCUCUCAUUAAUCAAAGGCUACGUCAAAAGAUGAAGAUGCUCAACAUUCAUCCAGAUAAUCUAAGGAAAAUGAACAAAAAAGUGACCUUUACCAGUGAAGAAAAGGAUGAGCGAACUGUCAACAUUGGAACUGUCAAGGAAAUGAUUAGUGAGAAAGAAUCAAUUUCUCAUCAUCGAAUCCCAAUCCACAAUAUGGAAACUGAAGUGAAGAAAAUUGCUCAUAAUCAAUUGAAGAAAAGUGAACAAUCAAUGAAAUCUCCUAAUCCCGAUCAAUCUAUUCCAGUGAAUUCAUCAGAUUAUUCAUCAAUUUCUAGUAUUGAAGUUGCACCGGAGACAAUUAAACAAUUUAAGUAUAUGAUUGAAAAGCAAAAGAAUUACCUUGAUUGUCUUCAAAGGGAAUUAAAUCGACUUCAAAGGAUGGAAAGUGUUUUAUCCGAAUUACAUUAUAAAUCGGAAUUACAGAAAAGAGUAAUCAAUGAUUUAUCAAUGCCUGAUUGUGAUGAAAAUUGUGACAACUGUAUUAACCAAUCAUCUACUGCAAAAGUUAAUGAAUCUCACCAAGAAAUUAAUCAAAUUAAUCACAAACCAUUGAAGACUGAAAUUGAUUCUGUCAAAGACUCUUGUGAACAAUUAAAUGACAUUUCAACCGAUGAAAGUUUAAUUUCCACUGUUGAACCGAUCAAUCAAACAACUCAUCUAACCUGUCCAAAGGUAAGGUCACCAUCGGUCAGCAGGUUGACCAGUAAAAAAGGUUCACUCAACUCGAUUCAUGCCAAAAUUGAUCAAAUGAUUUACAAAUUACACGAGGAAACAAUAACAAAACACUCAAUUGGUGUUCAAACUUCAGAUAAUCCAAUUAUCGAGGCCAAAACAAAAACAUAUAACCCACAAUUAGCAACAAUGAGAAAAAGUGCCAACAAUAAAUUACUAAUCAACAAACCAUCAGCUCGAAAGACACAAACAGAAAAGUCCAUCGCUUGGACAAUUAUAAUACCCGAAGUGAAUUUGUCAUCCCAAAUGUCAACCCAAAGCACCAAUAAAAGUCCAGGUUAUUAUCUAAGUGAAAAUGGACCAGAACUGAGCCUUCAACAAGCUUUCCGUUCAAAGUGUGGACACUUUCUGACCAGGUCACAAUCGAGAGUCCAAGAGAUAAACAUGGCCUCAGCAAUACGAAAAGCAACAGCCGAAUGUCGAUUGGAACGACAAUUGGAAGAAUUUAUCUUACGGAAUCGAUUAAACUCUCGGGAAUACGAUUUUCUAACUGAAUAUAAACCGAUCAGAGUAAAAGUGAUCAAACCGAGGAAAAUUUUCACCGAGAAAGAGAUGAAACAACAAACACUUCGACUUUACUCUCAUUUACCUGAGAUUGCGAAAUUGAGAGAGGAUAAAAGAAGAGAAGAAAAUUCUAAAACUUAUCGAUUGAUCGCGAAAAAUUUCAGUCAGCGAUUGAAAAGUAAAGCGGUCGAAGGGAAAAUAACAUUUCCAUUGACCCAACGAUUAACGAACUAUUAAAAUCAUAGUAAAUCUAAGGAUCGAACUCAAUGAAAACCAACCAAACAAUUAAAUCUAAUUUCAAUCAAAAGUGUCUUAUGUAAUCAAAAUUAUCGAACGAAAAAAAGAAAACAAAUAAACAACAAUUGACCAACAACAA